UUGAAGUGACUGAGCAUGCUCAGUGGAGACCGUUUUGAGGAAGAGGAGGAGAACCGACAGAGGGAGCCAACAGGUCACAUGACCGGCGAGGUGAAUACACAUGCGGGGAAAGAAAAGAAAAUCGGGAGCAGUCUCUUCAGCAGGUUUUUGCGCUCUCUCCCUCUCUCUGUCCUCCCCACCACUCCUCUUCCUCUCUUACCCCACGCACUCCUCCUCCUCUUCCUCCUCCCCCACUCCCUUUCUGACGCCUUCUUCUUCUCAGUGGAGGCCAUGAGAAGAAAGCAGCCCGCUGGUUUAGCCGUGGAUAACGUUGCACCUCCAAAGAAAGAGGGACUGGAUCCACCGAAACAUGGAGAGGAGAAGUCAGGCGAGGACACAGACGUAGCAUCAGCGGCGGGACGCUCCUCUCCCGCCGCGGCGGAGGCCAUCAUGCUUAACGGCACGGACAGCGACGACGGCAGCCGACACGCAGACCUGACGGUCAGCGGCAUCAAGGCGGCGCUGAACGAAAACGGCACGGCGGAGACGGAGACGCCGCACGGAUCCGUAACUGGAAGCAACGGGUUCAUCCUGGCUAAGGAGCAGCAGCAGGACGGCGGCGAUGCGGCGGCGCCCGCUUCGGGGGUUUCUUCCCCUCUCAGGACUAGCAGGCUGCCUUCGGGCUCGCCGCCGGGGGGACAGACAGCCAAACCCCUCGGCGCCUCGGCGGCGGCGGGAUGCGCACAGAGUUCAGGCGCGUUAAGGACCGCCCCCGGCACGGGGAGUAUGUCGGACACUAAAAACGGCUUUGCUUCAAGCCCCGUCACGAUUCCGCCGCCGGUUACUGUUCACAGAGCGAGGAAGACCAUGUCGAGACCGGCGGUCAGCCCGGCUCAGAAGCUCAUCAACAAGGAGCUGAGACAAGCAAACAGUGUCAAAUCGGAGUCUCCAGUCGCACCAGAUGUGGAGAAGUCGUCUCCGCCGCCGCCGCCGAACCAUCUACCUCAGAGUCCACCAGAAACGCCAGCUUCAGCACACACUGCUUCACCAGCAGCUCCCACAGAGCCGGCAGCUCCUGCAGAUUCUCCUGCAGAUUCUGCAGCUGCUGCCAAGCAUCGCCUGGGGCCGUACUCUACGGUGUUUUCAUCCCGGAAGAAGAAGAGGAGGAUGGGAACGUACAGCUUGGUUCCCAAGAAGAAAACCAAAGUGCUAAAGCAGAGAACCAUGCUGGAAAUGUUUAAGGAGCUGCAGCAGUCUGCAAAGACCCAACAGAAGAGGGAGGCGGCCACCGUGAACGGGGAGAAGGUGGUGAACGCGUCCGAGGAAGACGAGUCGGAGGACAUGGAGUCUGAAGAGGAGAUGCGACGGCAGCCUGCAGAGCAAACGCUUCCAGCUGUUCAAGAAACCUCUGAGUCUGCUGAUCAGGUGAAGGAUGAGCACGAGUCCGAAGACUCCGAAGAAGACGAGGGAGAGGAGGAGGAGGGCACGGAGUCGGAUUUGAGCUUCGAGUCCAGCCUGAAGAAGAAGCUGAAGAAGAAGUCCAAAGCAGACGGCGCCUGGCUCAGACCGUCCAGGAAGAGGAAACGAAGGAUGGGCGCCAGAGAACCGGAGACGGAUGUUCUGCCGCAGACGUCGGGUCAGGAGUACACGGAGAUCCUCCCGUCCGAGUGCAUCGACCUCAGCAAGUCGUCACACAGCAACGAACCUUCCGGGUCGGCCAUCGAGGAGGCGCAGGAGCUGCCGCUCUGCAGCUGCCGCAUGGAGACGCCGAAGAGCCGCGAGAUCCUGAUCUUGGCAGACAGGAAGUGCAUGGCGACGGAGAGCGUGGACGGCCAGCUGACCCGCUGCCAGGGCGCCGUCCUGAAGCACGAGAUGAUGCGUCCGUCCAACUCGGUCCAGCUGCUGGUUCUGUGCGAGGACCACCGCAGCGGCAUGGUGAAGCACCAGUGCUGCCCCGGCUGCGGCUUCUUCUGCAGAGCCGGGACGUUCAUGGAGUGCCAGCCGGACGUCAGCAUCUCCCACCGUUUCCACCGGGCGUGCGCCUCGAUGCUGAAGGGUCAGAGCUUCUGUCCGCACUGCGGGGAGGAGGCCGCCAAGGCCAAGGAGGUCACCAUCGCCAAGGCCGACACCACCUCCACCGUUCCUCUGGCGCAGGCCAAGGGCCCAGCGACACCGGGGGCUCCAGAGGGCCGAGCAGACACAACGACCGGCAGCUCUUCCUGUUUGUCUCCUGUGGCUGAAGUCAGCGGCCGAGCCGACAGCUCGCUGUCCUCCCAUCCCGCUCCGGACCUCGAUGACCCGGCCGUCCCGGGGUCAUCCCGCCAGGCGACUUUGCAGCCUGGAAUCGGAACAAUAGCGCCACCUAUGCUGCCGUUAGGAACAACUAAAGAAACUCUAGAGAGUGUCCUGGUCGCCCUGGAUACGGAGAAACCCAAGAAGCUGCGAUUUCACCCCAAACAGCUGUUCCUGUCGGCCAAACAGGGAGAGCUGAAGAAGGUGGUGCUCAUGCUGGUGGAUGGUACCGACCCAAACUUCAAGAUGGACUCCCAGAACAAACGCACGCCGCUCCACGCCGCCGCUGAGGGAGGCUACGCCGACAUCUGCCACAUGCUGGUUCAGGCCGGAGCGAACCUGGACAUGUGCGACGAAGACCAGCGGACGCCGCUGAUGGAGGCGUGUGAGAACAACCACAUGGAGGUGGUGCUGUACCUGCUGCGGGCCGGAGCCAGCGCCAUGCACAAGGAUGUUGAAGGGUUCACAUGUCUCCACCUAGCGGCCAAGUCUGGUCAUUACAACGUGGUGGAGCACCUUCUGACCACCGGGCUGGUGGACGUCAACUGUCAGGAUGACGGCGGUUGGACAGCCAUGAUCUGGGCCACAGAGUACAAACAUGUGGACCAGGUGAAGCUGCUUCUGUCCAAAGGCGCCGACAUCAGCAUCAGGGAUAAGGAGAAAAACAUCUGCCUUCACUGGGCGGCGUUUUCCGGCAGUGUGGAAAUCUCCGAGGUUCUCCUGAACGCCCAGUGUGACCUCCAAGCCGUCAACGUCCACGGAGACUCUCCUCUGCACAUCGCCGCGCGGGAAAACCGCCUGGACUGCGUCAAACUGUUCUUGUCUCGAGGAGCUAAUGUGUUUCUGAAGAACCGCGAGGGAGAGACUCCGCCGGACUGCUGCAGCCACAACUCCAAGGCCUGGGGCGCCUUGCAUGCCCACAAGAGGGAGAGGGACGCCAAAAACGGCCGGCUCAGGCGGACCGAAGAGAAACUGCUUCACAGUGACAUAUCUUUAGGCCAGGAGCAAGUUUCCAUUCCCUGUGUGAACUCUGUGGACAGCGAGCCGAUCCCAGACGACUACAAAUACAUCACAGAAAACUGCGUCACGUCCCCCAUGAACAUCGACCGGAACAUCACACACCUGCAGUACUGUGUUUGUAAAGAAGACUGUUCUACUAGUAUUUGCAUGUGUGGACAGCUGAGUCUGCGCCGCUGGUACGACAAGAGCGGCUGCCUGCUGCCUGAGUUUUGCCGUGAGGAGCCGCCGCUGAUCUUUGAGUGCAACCACGCGUGUUCCUGCUGGAGGACCUGCAAGAACCGCGUCGUACAAAACGGGCUCAGGGUCAGACUCCAGGUUUUCAGAACCGGUAAUAAAGGCUGGGGAGUCCGAACUCUGCAGGAUAUUCCACAGGGGAGCUUUGUGUGCGAGUACGUUGGUGAGAUCAUCUCUGAAGGUGAAGCCGAUACGAGACAGAACGAUGCUUACCUGUUCAGCCUGGACGAUAAGCCUGAAGAUCAGUACUGCAUCGAUGCCCGUUUCUAUGGCAACAUCAGCCGCUUCCUGAACCACAUGUGUGAGCCCAACCUGUUCGCCUGUCGGGUUUUCACCACACACCAGGACCUGCGGUUCCCACACAUCGCCUUCUUCGCCAGCGAGAACGUCAAGGCCGGGGAAGAGCUCGGGUUUAACUACGGCGACCACUUCUGGGAAGUCAAGGCCAAGCUGUUCAGCUGCGAAUGCGGCUCCUCCAAGUGUAAGUACUCGUCGGUUGCCAUGGCGACAACGCCCGAGGACCAGCAGCAGCCCAGCGCGCUGCCCGACACCAGCUCUUCCAGCGGCGCCUCCUAGAGGCCGCGCCGGGCCUCUGAGCGAAUCGUACUGUAUCUCCGCCGUUGCCAGGGACUGUUCUUCUACAAACUGAAAAACUUUGAGCUCCAGAUGCACAAACCGAACCCUGGACCCGAUUCUCGACUUCAUCAUGUGUCGUGUGGAAACGAAGAGGGACAA